UCCGGUGGGAAACAUUCAAGUUAAAGAAUGAUGCUUUGAAACAAAGCUAAACAGAAAAGAAGUUACCAUGGGGGAUACUGGUAACCAGGGUGUCAGUACUAGUGCCUUCCCAAAUCCUCCUAACUACUUUAAACAGUAUACUGAUGAGAAUGUACGACGAGGCCUGGCCCCACCCCCACCUCCACCUGUUCAGGAUUCCUACACCAUGUUUGGUGCCCAGUACACAGCAGAAGAUGCGAUUAUCCGACCACUUGAGUCUCUAGGAUUCCGAAGACUACAUCCACAAAACUACGACCAUAAACGAGAACUGAAAAAACUAAACCAUUCUAUUGUUGUGAACUUUCUGGAUCUCAUUGAUAUACUGAUUAAGGCUCCAAACUCUCCAAAAAGAACAGAAAAGUUAGAAGACUUAAAUCUUCUGUUCAUUCACAUGCAUCACCUCAUCAACGAGUAUCGUCCCCAUCAAGCUAGAGAGACUCUACGUGUCAUGAUGGAGCACCAAAAAAAUCAGCGCCAAGAAAUUGGAGAACGUUUUAAGAAGCAUUUAGACAAAGUGAAAGAGUUGAUUCAGACCAGCAUAGCUCACUUGUCAGAAGAUUACAGCUUUGAUUCCAAGUCUCUUGUGAAGACAGAGCUGCUCCAGGCUGGUCACUCCCUGGGCGAGUACAGUAUGGAGGUGGAGCCCUGUGACCAGCUUGACCGUAUGAUGUGUGACAUUGUAGACAGUAUGAACUGAUGUUUUAUGUAGUACUUUUUGCAACGCAGUAUACAUGAAUGCUGGAAUCCUUGAUAUUACUAGUUAAUACAGAUAUGUGUUUUUCUGAUGUUUGGUUUCAUAAAAUUACAUGGGUUUUUUUUUUUUUUGAAAAUAAAUUUGAAAUCUGAAUUGGUGAAACAUG